AUGCCAUUCAUGAAAGAAGUGCUCGGUUUUUUUUGCUUACGAAGAUAUUUAAAUGGUAGUGUUGCAGCAAGACCACAAAGAUAAUCACUUUUAGAGGAAGAUGAAGACGAAGAUCAAGACAGUGUAGAUAGAGGAGAUUCGAAUAAAUAAGAGGGCCUUGGACUGAGGGCAAAGAAGUCUUAUGUUGAAAAGUUGAAAUCAAAGCUGAGAUUAUCAGGAUAUUCAAGGAAAAAUGCUAAAAGUUUUGAGGAUCCAUUUAUUAAAUACGGUUAUGGAGUGGUAGCAUUCUUCAAACUUUUGAGAUUAUUGAUCUUGCUAUUUUCUUGUUUGACUAUGUUAGCUAUGCCUAGUAUUCUGAUAUACUAAAAUCACGAUAAUAUGUCAUCUUAUUACGGAAUAGCUAGAACAACAAUGGGAAAUUUAGGCUCCUCAUAUUCCAAAUGUUUUUAAGCCCCUGUAGAAUUAAAUAGUCUACACUUAACUUGUGGUGAUUAUAGAAUUGGAGAGGUAUCAUCAUUAGGAAUAAUCCCAUUUCAUUCUGAUAAUAAUGAAAGGACUUGCGUAAAUAGAGAUAAUGAACCUUGCAAAAAUAUAUUUUCAUCAGGCUUUUUUGCAAAAUAAGAAGAAGUACUUGCAUAUAAAAGGAAGAUUGGUUUGCUCGGAGUAUGCCUAGGGAUAUUUAUGUGCAUGAUUUAUGUUUUUGUGAUUUACUUCCAAUAUCAAUCUAAUGAACUUGAUUCAAUUCUAUGGGAUAUCUAAACAGUAACUAUUAAUGACUACUCUGUAGAGCUUAAACUGAACCAAAAAAUUUUGAAAGCUUAUGAAGAUUAAUGCAGCUAAAAUGAAAUACCAGAUGGAAAUAAGGGGGCUAACUUAAGCAGUUUUUUAAAAGAUUACAUCGAAGUUCAAACUCAAUAGUAUGCUAUUGAAUUAGAUAGAGAUGACCUUAUUGAACUUGAUAAACUAAGAGUUGCAAUGAUUGAAUUCGACUUUAGAAGGGGAAAUUUGCUUAAACUCCUCAUUUAGAGAGGAUAAUACAUCAAACAAUUGAAUUUCACAAAGAGAAGAGAUAUAGAAGCUAAAAUUAAUAGAUUCAUCCUAUUGAACUAGAAUAAUCUGGAAAAACCUUUGUGUGCUUUUGUUACAUUCGAGCAUACAGAAGGCCAUAAUUUUUUCAUUCAAAUGAUCAAAGAUAACACUCCCAGAGAUUAUGUUGAAUAUCGUGGUAUUGAAGCUGAAACAGCACCAUUGCCAACAAAUAUAGUUUGGUAGUAGAGAAACAAAAGUGUAACUGAAAUCAGGCUAAAAAGAUUCUUAUCUGUAAUACUCAUAUUUAGUGUCCUCUGCACUACGAUGUUCUUUGUUUUUCUUAUCAGAUAAUAUGGAUCUUAGGGGGUUUCUCCUUUCUCAAAUUAGAAUUGUAAAUGGGUUUGGAGACAAUAUGGAGAUAAAUUGUAAAGUUAUGCCUAAUUUGCUUUUAAUGAAUCUGAAAAAUAUUUUGAGAGCUAUCUUGAGUAGCAAGUUGAUUAGGAAGAUUUGAAUUUAGUUGGUUGUUAUUGUAUUAAGCAUGAUUAAAAUAGUAUCUUGUACAAUGGAUUUAGAAGGAGAUAUCAGCUAGAAAAUAAGGACAUUAAUCAAAAUAUAACAUUAACUGCCGACGAUAAGAGGAUGUGUACAAAAUUUGAGAUGAACUAUUUAUCAGCCUAAAUUGUAAACUAACUCGCAAGUUAAACUAUUAUCUUGCUGAACUUUGUUCUCAGAUACAUAAUUAUUUUCAUAGUAAAAUAUGUUGGAUACUCUACUGAAAGCCUACAGACAUCAAGAAUUAUGAUCUUUAUUUUCAUAGUUUAAUUCAUCAACACAGAUCUCAUUAUUCUGCUAAUGAAUUCAGAUAUCACUUAAGCUAAGUCAAUUUUCCUGAUUGAUUUUAACGGGCAGCAUCCAGACUUCACAAUAAUGUGGUAUAGAGAUAUAGGACUUACGUUGAUAAAUGCAAUGCUUUUUAAUGUCUAUUGGCCAGUUUUGGAAUUUAUUGUUUUCUAUGGAAUAAGACUAUUUUUUAGAUAAUUAGACAGAGGCUGGUCAACAUAGUCAUGGAGAACAAAAUGCUUUACUAUAUCUUAGUAUAUUGAUAUUCAUGGAGGUCCUGAAUAUACAAUCCAUUACAAAUAUUCUGCUAUUUUAAACAUUACUUAUAUUACUUUUAUGUUCGGAGCAGGAAUGCCUGUUCUCUUUCCGAUAGCGUUAGCUUCAUUCUUGACACUUUAUUUUAUGGAAAGAUUAAUGGUUGCAUAUUCUUAUAGAUAACCUCCCAUGUUUGAUGCUACUUUAAACAGAUAAGUCUUGAGAAUUCUUCUCUAUGCUCCAUUACUCUACUGUACUGUUGGAUAUUGGAUGUUUAAUAACAUUUAAAUUUUUUCUACAGAAGUCUAGCUCAUGAAAACUCUUAAUGACAUAUUCUAAGCAAAUCAUACUAUAAGAAAUUCCCUAAAAUUUAACUUUGCUACUCCAUUGCUAAUAAUUCUAGGAUUAUUCUUAUUUGUAAUGAUAACCCAAAGAUGGACAAUGAAGAUAGUCGAAAGAAUGCUAGAUCUUGACCCUGCUAUACUAUUGUAUAAACCUGAGGAACAGGUUUCUUUCAUUGAGGGAUUGAAUAAAGAGCAAAGACAUUGGCUUAUUAAAGAAGAGGAAAAAUCAAGAGAAAAAUUUGGAAUUAAGAAGUUAUCAGAUGAAUUUAUUGAUAAAUUGCAUAACUCUAAGUAUAGUAAGGAAACCGAACUACUAGGAGUUAUGUCAUAUCAAGUUUUAGAUAACCCUGCUUAUUAAAACCUGCUCUAAUAUGUUCCUGAAAUAUUGGAUGAUCGCGAUAAGUAUAUAAUUGAUGAUCAAGUUAUUAAUGCCUUGGGUUAAUCAGACUAUCUUAAAAAGAUAUUGAACUCUUAUUAUCAAUCUAGCCCAGUUAAUCCGUCUCUUGGAAAUUUAGUAGCUCCAUGA